AUGACUCCAAUACCCAAUGGUCUUUCGAUUGGGGAUUACCAGGAACGCUUGAGUCGCUACAAGGACGCUGAAAAUGAGAAGAAUGCGAUGAUCAGUGAGCUCAUCGACAAUUUGGACAAAGCUCGAUCAGAAUACAGACAAACGGUUUUAGAUCUGGAGAGUGAGCGUGUUGGGCGCCGCAGACUCCAAGAUCGUGUAGCGGAGCUUGAGACCUUGACGCGUUCGCAGAAUGGUCGAGGUUUUGUGGUGGUGUUGAUUGAUGCCGAUGCUGAUGAUUACAUCUUCCAGCAGAGGUUUUUGAACAGGAACGAGGCAGGUGGUAGGGAUGCCGCGGAUGAGUUGCAAGCCAGAGUCAAGGAUUACUUGAGAACAAUUCAAAUUGAUGUUGAGAACACUGAAAUCGUCGUUCGGGCGUAUGCAGAUGUUAAGAGUCUGCACGGAGCCUGCAUCAAGAACGGCAAGAUGAAGAACGGUGCCAGUCUUAGCCUGUUUGUCCAUGGCUUCAACCAGCGCCAAGGUUUGUUCGACUUUGUCGACGUUGGUCCUGGAAAGGAAAGCGCUGAUAAUAAGCUUCGAGAGUGUCUCGAUUUCUUUAUUGGUAAUCGGCAAUGCAAGCACAUCAUAUUUGGCGCCUGCCACGACUCUGGUUAUGCUCCGUACCUCGGCAGGUUUGCGGCCGAAGUUUCCGUCCGUGAUCGCAUCACCUUGUUGCAAGGUGUUGCUAUCCAUCCCAGAAUCGCUGCGUUGGGCUUCCAGAGAAUCCUGAAGCUUGACCAGGUUUUCAAUCCACACAUGCUAUGCACCGUUCCAGUUUCAUCCUCUAAGUCGUCGCCGCCAGCGCGAGCAACUUCGUCGACCUUGCCGACUCGGCCUCUAACAGCAGCAACGGGUUUCUCCAAUGCUGCUGCACUGUCCCACAGGCUUGGGCCUGUCAUACGCAACGAAAAUAGAAAGCGUAUUGACAAGAUGUUGGAUGUCGACAUCACUUCUCCAUACCUAGGCAUUAUUCGCCAGUCAAAGUUGUGUCCAUGGUUUUACCUGCGUGGCAGGUGUGAAGGGUGCGAUGGAAACCAUCGUGUUCCUCCUCUCAAUGCUAGAGAGAGUGACUACCUGUGGUAUCAUGCUCGCUAUGGACUUUGCCACAAGAUUCGUAAAGGCAAGGACUGCGAUGACCCGAGGUGCGUCUACGGACAUGAGGAAGGUCAUCGGAUUGGCUCUGGAAAGGUUUCAGGCUAG